AGGGAGAAACAAUGGUGCUCCGAAGCGUGCUAUGUGCUCUUCUGUGGCUGUGGGUUUCGAUUUCAUGUCGGAGUAUUGCUUUGGGACUUGAAGAUAGCCAAACGGCGACGUUGUCUGUGAUUGCUUCACCGGGACAGGGGCGGCCGAUACCUGAGCACAUGUUCGGAAUCUCAUUCGAGGAGAUCAACCAUGCUGGAGCAGGUGGAAUAUGGGCAGAGCUAGUAUGUAACAGAGGUUUUGAAGAUGGAGGAACCAACACGCCUUCAAACAUUUAUCCAUGGUCCAUAAUUGGAAAUGAAAGUUACAUUAUGGUAUCUACUGAUCGAACAUCUUGUUUCAACCGCAAUAAAGUUGCACUUCGAAUGGAAAUACUUUGUGAUGAUGAUGGGCCUAAUAUUUGUCCGUCAGGAGGUGUUGGUAUUCACAACCCUGGUUAUUGGGGCAUGAAUAUUGAGAGAGGGGAAAUUUAUAAGAUUGCUCUUCAUGUUAAGUCAAAUGAUUCAAUUGACUUAUAUAUAUCAUUGACAAGUUCAGAUGGUUUGCAAAACCUGGCCACUACUGAUAUCAAAUCCAAUACAUUAGAUAUGUCACAAUGGACUAAGGUUGAGCUUCUGGUUAGAGCUAGUGGAACAAACGUAAAUUCAAGGUUGCAACUGAAAACUAACAAGAAAGGUGUCAUUUGGUUGGAUCAAGUAUCGGUUAUGCCCUUGGAAACAUAUAAGGGACAUGGUUUCAGGAAGGAUCUUGCUUCAAUGUUGGCAGACCUGAAACCUCAAUUCCUCAGAUUUCCAGGUGGUUCUUAUGCUGAAGGCGGAUGGUUAAAUAAUGCAUUCCGGUGGAGAGACACAAUUGGUCCAUGGGAAGAGAGACCUGGUCAUUUCAAUGAUAUUUGGAAGUAUUGGGUAGAUGAUGGACUUGGGUUUUAUGAAUUCCUUCAACUAGCAGAGGACAUUGGUGCCGAUCCAUUAUGGGUGAUUAAUGCUGGAAUCAGCCAUAAUGAUCAAGUUAAUCCCGCAAAUAUAUUACCUUUUGUACAGGAUACUCUUGAUGGAAUUGAGUUUGCUCGAGGUGACUCUGGGUCUAAAUGGGGCUGCAUUCGAGCAGCAAUGGGGCAUUCGGAUCCUUUUCUACUGAACUACAUUGCCAUUGGGAAUCAGGAUUGUUCAAUGAGAAAUUAUAGAGGAAACUACUUUAGAUUCCACUCAGCCAUAAAGAAGGCUUAUCCAGAUAUCAAAGUUAUAUCAAACUGUGAUGGCUCCUCUGGUUAUUUAGAUCACCCUGCUGACAUGUAUGAUGUUCAUGUUUAUGCCUCUGCAGAUAGCAUGUUUUCCAUGAGUCAUUAUUUUGAUUGGACACCACGUGUUGGCCCCAAGGCUCUUGUUAGUGAAUAUGCUGUAACUGGGAGUGGUGCUGGAAAAGGAAGCUUUUUGGCAGCUUUGGCUCAGGCUGGUUUUCUGAUUGGACUGGAGAGAAAUAGUGAUGUUGUUGAGAUGGCAAGCAAUGCACCACUUUUUGUCAAUGAUAAUGAUCGUAGAUGGAAUCCAGAUGCCAUUGUCUUUGACUCAUGGCGGCACUAUGGGACACCAAGUUAUUGGAUGCAACACUUCUUCAAGGAAUCAAGUGGUGCAAUUUUUCAACCAUCGAACCUACAAUCUACUUCCUCCAAAUUGGUGGCAUCUGCAAUUAGAUGGACCAAUUCUGAUAAUGGCAACGAUUACCUUAAGAUCAAGAUAGUCAAUUACGGGGGCGAUCUUGUGAAUCUGAAGAUCUCUGUGACUGGAUUAGCAAACCAUGUGAGAGCAUUAGGAUCUACGAACACUAUACUUACCGGAAAAUUGACAGAUGAGAAUUCAUUCAGCAAUCCAGAAAAGGUGGUGCCAAUUGUGUACAUGCUACCAAAUGCUGGAAAGCAGAUGAAUGUUUCGGUUUCUCCAUACUCGAUCAAUGCAUUAGACCUGCUUCUUGCACCAGAAAGUAGCACAGCAGUGACUGAUAUCUAAACACGUGAGGUAAUAAUCAAACAAUAAUGAGAAGAACCUAUUCAUGAAAUAAUUGGUUAAUUUGUGUGUUCGGGUUGUGAAUUUGUCAAGUGAUGAAAUGAAUGUUUAUUGAUUGUUGUGUUAGAUUAUAAUAAGUAUCUUUGUGAUGAUUUGUACAGUGAGAUUGUAGAUUUGAUGUGUAUAGAUGAAGAAUGACAAUUUGCUACUUCCUCUUUGCCUC